AUGAGUAAUAAAAUACAGAAGGUUAUUGUCCGAUUGCAAGAAAAGAUUAAGGAAGGUCAGUUUUAUGAAGCACAGCAGCAGACUCGUGUUGUCGCUGCUCGCCAUGUCAAAUCUAAAGACUGGGCUUCAGCCAUCGAUAUUUUAUUCAAUGUUGCCCAAUCACUUCUUAAAGCAGGUCAAGGGGGGAGCGGAGGUGAUCUAGGCAUCAUGCUUGUCGAUGUAUACAAGCAAGCAGAGCUCAAACCCGACUUUAGCAACAAAAGCAAACUAGUCACUCUUCUGCCACUUUUUGACUCUGAAGAACCCACAAGGAAAAAGUUUAUAGGGGACAUGAUAAGUUGGUCCUCCAAGUAUGGAGAAUAUCCAGCUGGUGAUCCAGACAUACAUCACGUUGUGGGCUCGCUCCUCGCCGAGGAGCACGAUGUCUAUGAGGCGGAACGACAUCUCACGUUAGGCACAAGAGAUUCUCCUGAGGUAUUUGCAAAACUAGAGUUUGAAUGGUAUUUACAGGAUGAUUCUCACACGGCAGCUCUAUACGCAGCCCGUGUUGUUUUCGCAUAUUUACUUGCAGGAAACGUUCGCGAUGCGAAUAAGUCGUUACAAACUUUCACAGAUACUUUGAACACAGCUCGACCCCAGCUGGAUGUUAGGGAAGUCAAAGGCCUAAGUUUUAACCUGCAGAUAUACCCUAGUAUCCCAUUGCUCAAUUUCCUAGGCCUACUGUUACAGGCCAUUCAGAAGGGCAGUCCGGAUAUUUACCGAAAUCUCAACCAAAAAUAUUCUACGUAUAUCAAAGAAGUAGGGCUGUGGGAUGAUACUCUAGCUCUUAUAGGAGAACUUUACUUCGAGGUUCCAAGGCCGAGGAAAGGUAAUCCUAUAUUUGAUAUGAUGGGUAGCAUAUUCGGUGGAGGAGCUGCCAAGCCACAACCUAAACGGGUGGGAAUCCAAGAAACUCCAGUCGCUGAUAGUCUUGACUAG